AUGCUUGGUAAGAUCACGGACCAAUCGGACGACGACGCCAACAGCCAGAGCGACAGCACCGCAGCGUGCAUGCUGACCUCCUCCGACUCCUCCUAUUCCGGGGACGACGAGCCACAGGCCGGAUCCUGGCUGCUCUUCAACCAACCGAUCGAGUUGAAGAACACUUUCGUGCACUUCUCCGGGUCGAAGAGGACGAACAAGCGCCGUGCCACUUGCCCCGGGUUGCUCCAGUCUAUGAUGACGAGCGAAGCCGUGGUGAUGACCGGUCUCCCGCAGUCGUUGCAGCCGGCGGUGUUACGCGCAUCAAGCUUCGCAAGCCACACUUUCUCUCCAGCGCAGGAUGCGGCCCGCCCGCAAGAUCUUCAGCACCCAGCUGUGACGCCAAGUAAGGUGAAGGACACCGACUUGGCGCACCAGAGGCAGCUGAACAAGGAUCUCAUCGCCGCCGCCUCGGGCCCGCACGCGGCCUUCCAGGUGCUCGACCUCCUCUCGAAGAACCUGGAGAGCAUGAACGGCGUAAACCUGGCGACGGCCAUACAUCGCAUCUCUCGUGCCUGCCAGGUGGAUGGGAAGGCAGGGCAGAUCAAAGACCAUCCCACCUUCCGCCACCUCUUGCACAUCACCGAGAAGAUGCUGUGCCAAACACUGCCAGACGGCACGCCUCGCAUGCCCCCAAAGUGUUGCUCCGUCUUCGCAUGGUCCUGCGCCAACCUUGGCAUCUUCAGAACCCAACUUCUUGCACGGCUCGCACUUACAGCCGCACAGGGCUUGGGAAGCUGUGAGCCCCACGAAGUCACGAACCUGCUUUGGGCUUAUGCAAGCCUUUGCAGGAAUCGAAAGAGCAAGAUGGCGAAAGGGCUGGAGGCGGCUUUGACGGAGCUCAUGAAGGCUUCCCUGGAGUUCCUGGUGCCUGAGCGGCUUCGAGCUUGGAAGCCGCAGAUCUUGAUGUCUGCCCUGGUCUCCUUGGUGGCGCUUCCUUGGCAGCCCUCCAGCCAGCAGGUCGUCUCUGACGUCCUGGAUGCACUGGCCAUGCAGCAGGAGCAGCUCGUCGAAGAGAACACGCGUCCAAUAUCAAUUUUCUUCGAGGAGCUCCGCAAGAGGCAUGCAGAGGUGGCCCUGCAGAUCGUGCCAGCUACUUCUCAGAAAUGGCCCGGCUUCAUGCAGCAAUUUGCUGGUGGAGCCCGGAAAGGGCACGGUCGAAAGAAUCGCAAAGCUUAA